AUGUCCCAAGAACUCGCCCUUUGCAAAGGAGGCAAAAAGCCUGCCAACCGUUUUGCGGGAACCGUCCAUCCAAACGAAUCAGCGUCGCAAAUGUCGUCGAAUGUUAACCAUGAAGAGGGUGCCGAGGCAGGUGGAGACGCUGCAGCACGAAUGGCCAAAGCAAUACAAGCACAAGCAGAAAAGGGAUCCAAAGUAUCAAGCAGUUCGAAAGCAACGGUACCCUACAAAGAAGUUUCCGCGAAACCCGGCUCAAGCAAGUCGAAAGCACACAGCGCUCUGCAGAUCGAGGAUGUAACCUCGAAGGUAUCAAGCAACAGAAGUAGCAAGAGUGCAGCCACAACAAACUCGAAGGCUCUGGUACCAACUUCGCAGAAAGUCAAGAAUGAUGCAACGUCAAGCGUGUCAAAGUCUUCAUCAGCUCAUUCUUCCAAGGACGCGCCCGGCCUUUUGGCCAUUGAGGCAGCACCUUCACAGGUGUCGAAAGCGAGCAGCAGCAGACAAUCGAGCUCAUCUUCUCGGUCAAAGGACAACAAGAGUACCGUGUCCUCAGCAUCAGGUUCGAAGUCAUCUACUACGAAGGACAAAGCAAGCAGUCAAGUCUCAAGCGCAUCCAGCAGCAAACCCAAGUCUUCGAGCCGUGCCAGUAGUAAAAGCAAGGCACUCGUGCCGGAUACCAAGGCUGGUUACAAAGCUAGUCCUCUGGCGCACGAGAUCAAAGCCGAAGACCUGGACGAUGACAUGUACAGCAUCUCCAUUCACGAACGCGGUCCUCUUGGAGCAGCUCCAGCAAAUCGUGAGGAACUGCUUGCUAUGAUCCUUCGCCAAAACCCGAAGCUGGAUGUCGAUGAAGCGAGCGUGAUCGUGGACAAUCAAAUCGCAACAGGACACGCAACUAGUCCAGAAAUAGGUCGAUCCAAGGUGGGGGCUCGCAGUGAAGUUAGUUCGAAGAUGCACAGCACUACGUCUCGGGCAUCAAGUUAUAAGGGCAAGGAAAAGGAAGUACAGCCGUACAAACCAAACCCGUUAUCAACUGUGUCAAAGGCCUCUUCCACACGAUCCAAGCAAGUCGUUCCAGUACAAUCUGAGCCUUCAAUCGUUUCAAUGGCGUUCGAUCGCAAAUCGAGCGCGUCGAGAGUCCCAAGCACCAAGGGUAAGGAGGUGGUGAGACAAGACAGCUCGUCCAAGAUUCUCGAAGCAGGACCCACUGACGGGCUCUUCCAGGGUCAGACAGGUUCAACGUCCGUACUCUCCGACUCAUCCAAGGCCCUGGUGCUCCCGAACACAGGCUUGUUGCCUGCACUCGCUGUCGCUUACGCCAAGGUUGGGCAGUCUCAGACUUCAAACUCGAGCUCGACCUCCGAUCUUCUCAUGCUAGCCCAAAUACGCCAGCAGCGUGAACUUCAACGGGCACAAGCCGUUGCUGCUUUCGAGGCAUCACAAUCAACAUUGGGUUCAAACUUAGCUCAAACGCGCGUGGCAGUGCUCGAAUUGGCCAAGCAGUCCCUCGAAGACUCGCGCACCCUGACUCGCCUUCAAGAGCUCGGCAUACACAACGAGAAGCUGGCAAACCUGGCUUUACAAAGUCACGAAGAUCAAGUUGCUGCCUUGGCACGUGAAGAGGCUGCCCAAGCAGACGAGCGUCAGCGUCAGCUGUCCUCAGCCCUUCGUGAAAGAGAAGAAGCUGGGAAAGCACGGCUUAGACAACAGCGAGGUGACAUCUUCAAGGCUGAACGUCGUAAAGAGGACGAGCGCGACCAACAGACACAGAUGGAGUACGAGCGAAUGGAUCACGAUCAGCAAAUGGACAAGAUCGAUGCAUUCGGACGAUUGGUGGAGGCUGGAAGGCCAAGACAAGCGCCUCAACCGAAGAGGAGUGGCUUGAAGAUGGGCUAUGAGUACGGUUACCAGAACCCAAGAACCGGGGGUGAAGGUACAGUUGAGAUGCGGAUCGGCAAAGGCUGCAACAAUAGUGGAACAGGCGUCUGUCCUAGAUGCCAUCGGGAGUUCAGAGAGCAUCCGGUUAAGUUGCAUAGCGACGGCGGCGUGAUGGGUCGUAGUGGUCGUCGACUGCUCCCUAUUGGUAGUGACGUUAGCAAGGCAAGCUCCAGCAGGAAGUGA